CUCAAAGAGGGGCUCGCGAUCGCUGACGACAAUGCGCAAAGCUUACCUCUUGCGAUCUCGUAUCGUCGCAAUGAGAGCACUAACAAUAGCACCGUUAUCGUGUCGUCAAACCCCCAAUACGACUCAGCUCUCGGCUCGUAACGAUCGGCUGCCUGCCUUGAAAAUCCGGCUUCUGUCAUCCCCACGCACAGAAGCCUCUUACUCAGUAAACAGCGCGGUGUGUUUUCGUGGCUGCUAUUUCGAUAUGAGCCUGCUAGUGAUCGUCGGUGUCGUACCAAACCCGGGGUGAGAAGUAGGGCAAGAUGGGUAUGUGGUGCAGCAACAAGGGUCGUUCGACAUGCAGAUUGACGUUGUACAACCGCUUUGGGAAAAUUCAGGGUCUUAGUUGAGCUUGUAAGACGGGCAUGGUGAGUGUAUAUAAUCUUGAUGCAUAGCCAGCUUCAAGAUUCUCA